UUCAGUUCAAUGCGAAAUUUUGUUUGAACCAGACGCGAAAUCUCUUAACGCUGCGUGGCUAAAAAGGUUGUUUGGCAAAAGCGUAAAAACUGUCAACAGCUUAAAGAGUUUUUGUGAUUAAAGAACUACAAAAAAACAAUAAAAUAUUCUUUAUCCAGAAAAAAACAGAAAAAUAUUAAAAAAAUAAAAUAUUAAAGUGAUUUUACCAAAUAACUUUACCUAAAAUUGACGCCAUUCUUUUGGCCAUCGCGUGUGCAUCUCGAGAUACUUGUAAGACAAGAUAACCAGACUCAUCGAAGUCAAUUGAGUUGCCAGUGAAAUCGCUGGCCAAUUGGCAGUGCCGCUUGUUUAACAUAUUUUUUAACACCGAACUCUCGAUUGCAAUUUGAAUCCGUGGUGUAAUUUCAAUUUCCAUUUCGAUUUCCAUACCGAGUGGACAAUAUUCAAUUGGAAUUGCAAUUGCAAUUCAUGGCUUGGCACGUAGUUUGAACGAUGCCAGACUGAGUCGCAAUCAUGCUACACUUAAGGCUAUUCGAUAAAACUCUGUACUACAUGCUGUCCUCCGCCUCGGAAUCUUCUAUGGUGGCAUCGUCCUCAUCCACGGAAAGGGCAUUCAAGGGGAUGGAGGAGACUGCAGGCUUGGGAGAUGGCAGCUUGCCACCCACUGACGUGGCAGCAGUUAAUCUGACAUAUUUCACACCUGCGAUAUCACACGUGAUUCUGGCGCCAACAACAACAACGACAACCUCGGCCACAAUGGUCCAAAUCCAGACGACAGCGGCGCCAAGUCACGACUUGGAAACGGUCGGCAACUCCACAUCUAGCGACCCCGGCGAGUUUGAAAAUUUCAAUUCGUUCUACUUUUUUGAGACGGAACAGUUUGCCCUGCUGUGGAUCCUGUUCGGCGUCAUCGUCGUGGGCAACUCGGCUGUGCUUUUCGUGAUGUACAUCAACAAGAAUCGCAAGUCGAGAAUGAACUUCUUCAUCAAACAACUGGCUCUGGCAGAUCUAUCCGUGGGACUGAUAAGCGUGCUGACCGAUAUCAUAUGGCGCAUAACAGUUUCAUGGAAGGCGGGCAACGUGGCCUGUAAGGUCAUCCGCUUCUCGCAGGUGUGCGUCACAUACUCGUCCACCUACGUGCUGGUGGCCAUGAGCCUCGACAGAUACGACGCCAUCAAAAACCCGAUGAACUUCUCAAAGUCGUCGAUAAGAGCUCAUAAGCUGGUAGCUGGCGCCUGGCUUCUAGCCGUUCUCUUUUCGCUUCCAAUUCUGGUUUUGUACGAGGACACGGUCAUUCAGGGACAUCACCAGUGCUGGAUUGAGCUAGGUACACCAACGGCCUGGCAGAUAUACAUGUGCUUGGUGGCUUUCUCUCUAUUCGUACUUCCCGCUCUUGUCAUCUCCGCCUGCUACGCAGUCAUUGUUAAGACUAUUUGGACCAAUGGCUCAAUUUUUUUACCAACUGAUCGCACUGGAAAUGGUGUCGCACCUGCUAGGCGAGCAAGUUCAAGGGGCAUAAUCCCCCGGGCCAAGAUCAAAACGGUCAAGAUGACACUGACCAUUGUGUUUGUAUUCAUCAUCUGCUGGUCGCCCUACAUCAUCUUUGAUCUACUACAGGUCUUUGAAUUUUUCCCCAACACCCAGAAAAACAUUGCCAUUGCCACCUUCAUCCAAAGUCUGGCUCCAUUGAAUUCAGCAGCCAAUCCAUUGAUCUAUUGCCUAUUCUCAUCACAAUUUUUUCGCACACUAAGUCGCUAUCCGCCCUUCAAGUGGUGCUGCUGCAGAUCGUACCGCAACAACUCGCAGCAGAACCGCUGCAACACAGUUGGUCGUCGACUACACAACAGUUGCGAUUCAAUGAGGACGCUGACCACAUCGUUGACUGUUUCCCGGAGGUCCAACAACAGAACCAAUGCCCAUGUGGUCAUCUGUGAAAGACCCACCAUGACGGUAACAGUUCCAGCAAUGUCAGAGGUAUGAUAACUGGCACACACCACUCGUAAAGUAUCCGCGUUCUCAAUCCACGGUCCCACGUCCUUCAGAGAUGCUGAGUUUCUUUAAAUCAGGAACUGGGACAUCCUGUGAAUGCAGCAGAGGCUUAGACAAUAAGUUUAAAUAUUUAUAAAAGGCUUCAAGAAAGCAAAAUAUAAGUCCUUCUUAAAAGUAAGUAUCUGAAGUCUACUCUACGAAUUUCAAAACCUAUUUGUACUUUUCCCAAUAGCAAUCUAUAGUUAAGAUAAUGCAUGAUCUAUUAUGGCAUUAUUAUGACUUUUAAUUAACACUAAGCAUAUGAGGAUAUCUACAGUGAUGGCUAAAAUUGUCUCUCAAGGAGUUUCUUAGAAUUUUAUCUAAAUCUAUUUAUUUACAUUUCAUUUGACUUUCUUGAGAAUAUAAGUACAAACCUUUUCUAAAUUUCUAUCAAAUUUACCUGAAAAUACUUAUUUUUAAAAUACAAAAUAUAUCUAUUAAUCGUUUUUAAUCAAUAGAUCUUUUCCUAAUAGAAUUUUUCCUUUACACCUAAAAAACUAUUGAGAUGUUGUGACAACUCUAAGAGUCUAGGUUUCAGUCCAUUUCUAAGCUCAUUUAGUCGCUCUCUUAGUUAUAUUCUAUUUAACAGACUGAUUUUAGUUGUGGUUUACUCGCAGCCAUUUACCGGAAAUUUAAAAUGCAUUUCUUACCAGUCCUAACUAGCUGUUAAGGCCAUUUAAGCGCAGAUUCAUCCGUGUAUAUAGCCACUCCUAAUAGAUGUAUAAACAUGCCCAAGCAUCUUAAACCAAAACCCAUUAAGUAUAAGUAGACCAUAAGAGUUAAUAGAGCAUAACGUUGUAGUCAAUUUGGUUUAAGCUAAUAUUUAUUUCAUAAUUAUGUGUAGAAGCAGAAUAAAGGCAACAAUUUCAAGAGUG